UGCAGAGCAAACGCGCAAACGAGGAAGAGAGGAGCCAUUGCCACCGACCGCCGAGAAAGGAAACCGGGGAGGCCAGGAGGCCCGCUUGGGGAUGGCGGCCGACGUGGGCUCUGUCGCAAGGCUGCUCCGCGGGGAGGCGGGGAAGAAGGCCGGGCCGCCGGAGAUCGUGACGAUGGAUCUUCUGGGCGGCUGCGGCGGCGGCGGCGGUGCCGUGGAGGACGAGGUGGUGGACCUCGAGCUCUCGGUGCCUACCGGGUUUGAGCGACGGCUUGACCUCCUGUCCGGCAAGACGUUCUUGACUCCACGACACCCGAGCGUCCAAGACGGUCGUCACCAUCAUGAUCUCAACCUGCCUCCCCCGGCCGUCGCGGCGGCAGCGCCAGCCGCCUCGACCGCGGUCUGCACCCUCGACAUGGUCCGCUCCGCUCUCGAGCGCGCCGCCGCCGGGAGAGCUGCCGCCUCGCCGGCGACGUCAUCCACAUCGUCCGCGUCCACCUCGUCGUCCUCUUCCUCAGCGGGAAAGCGCAACCGGUCGCCGCCGACCACCGCGACCCCCGCGAUGCGCGCCGCCGCAUGCCCGUCCUGCCUCACCUACGUGCUCAUCGCCGAGGCGGACCCCCGUUGCCCGCGUUGCGCGGCUAGGGUGCCACCGCUCGCCGGGAAGUCCGUCUCCACCGGCGCCGCCCCCGGGGACGGCAGCGGCAAGAAGCCGAGGAUUGACCUGAAUGCGGCAGCCGAUGAGGCCGAGUGAAUGGAGGAAGAGAGAGAAGCGGAAGCUGAAAAAAGAAAUAGAAAUCGGAAAAUGUUGUUCUUCUAGGCAAUAUUUGUCUGACAGAAUUGCCUGAUUAUAGUAUUAGGGAUCUAUAUUUGUAGAGUAUGAUCAUAGGAUCAAAACAGCUGGAGUAGAAGUUGGAUUUUCUCUCAAUUUAGUUUGUUCAUUUAUUCCUUCGUUUCUCUUAAAGUCUUAUGUACAAAAUAAUAGUAGUUGUUUCUUAAUUCCAUUUUUGCUGGUUAUACUGCUAUUUUUACUACUAGUAAUAUUGUUUCUA